AGAAGAAUGGCUUGUCUUUCAUUGAGACGUCCGCUCUGGAUUCCACCAACGUGGAGACGGCCUUUCACAACAGCCUGGCAGAAAUCUACCGGAUUGUAUCCCAGCGACAACUUGCAGGAGGACAGCCUGAGACAGAGUUCAGCCACGGGACCACCAUCGAGCCCAUCAAAGUCUUGCCCACUCAGCAGGAAGCGAGGCAGACCCCUUGUUGCCAGAACAUCUAACCUGUGGUGGGAAACCACCAGGUCUUUCCCUGGGGAAGGAGAGGGGCCAGCUCCCCUAAGGCCUUACUUGCUCUGCGCCCUGCAAAACCCAUUUCUCCACACUACUUGAAGCUACCCCUUGGUUGCAGCUGAGGCCCAGCCCUGGAUUCUCCUUGGAGGCUGCUCUUCAGCCUCUGACAGAUUUGGUGGGGGGGGGGGGGGAAGCAUGGAGGAGCCUCUGAACAGACUCUUGAGGUUCUUGUGGUUGGCCAACUCUUUGCCCUUCUGGUUGGUAGGCAGCAGCUGGCCUGGUCUUGAGACAACUUGAGGGAGAGCCACUGGCAUUUUGGUCCUUGAGGGUCCACCCUCCUGGGUGGCCACCAGCAGAUGAAAAGGUCUCCACUCAUGGCUUCUUCCAAGCCUGUUUUGGGGGACGGGAUGCAUCUUUAAAACGGGCCACUCUCCCCACAUGACCCCAAGUUCUUUGGAUGACUUUAAAAGUCCCUGUCUCCACCACCCAAACCUUGCAACCAAGGUAGAGCCUGGCCUGCACGUCUGCCUCAGCUGGACACCCCCCCCUGAGUCUGUGAGGAGUGGGGUUUCCUUGGUGAUUGUCUCUGUGUGCCUGUCGCAGAAAUGCAACUUGCUGGUCCAGCGUGACCUCUGUUUGAGGUUGAGGAAGACCCUCUUGGCCACAGGACUCCCCCAGGAGGUCAGGUCCUCCUUGCCGGUCACUGACGUGGACUUGAGUCUCACUAUCCGACACCCCCAACAAUCUACCUCUCUCCCCCCUCCCCUCUUUUCCCCUCUGCCAGAAUUGGCUCUUUCUUACCUUUGUGUCUUGCAAAUAUUUUCUGAGGCAGUUCUGGAAAAGGGAGUGUUACUUUUCUGGAAUUCUUACACUGUUUGUGCCUGGAGAAACCGAUUCCUGUAGGGUCCAGCGGAGACCCCAUUCCGGUGGCUGCCUUUUGAAAAUCCACAAGUGGGGGUGGGGGGUGGGGGUGGGUGAACCUCCGAGGGUCUUUCUGGAUGUUCUCCAAAGCCUUCCCAGCCGAGUUUUAUUGUGGUUUUGCUCCAGUUGUGUAAAUAAUAAAACACGGGGAUUUUAAUGUGUG